AUGUGUCAACAGGUAUCCAGCUCAUCUGGUAGUACCAGCCAAACCGGUAUCGGGAAUACCGUUGAGGAUGCUAAACAGGCCACAACGAGUGAUAAUGGUGAGGGCGAAACGUAUGUGUCCAGUGACGAACAUACCGCUGUCUCAUCACCACCUCCGGCAAAGAAGAAGCGCUACGCAGAAGGUCGAAUAUUAGACCAAACAGACUGUAAAUUUGGUAUCAAAUUGGAGGAUGAUGAAGUAUUACUGAUGAGCGACGAGUCCGAGCUGUCCAGUCUCAACGAGGCCGAAUUUGACCAAGUCAAGAAAGCCUACGAUCGGGUACUGUUCUUUCUGUUUGAACCGUAG